ACAUAUUAAUCUGCAUGCACAUUUGUUAAAUCACAGAACUAAAAUUACACUUAACCUUUAACAUCUGCAAAAAAAAAAAAAUCCCACAGGAACUUACACACACACACACACACACUCACAGCCUUGUGCUGUGGUUUAUGUGGUUAUCAUCAUGUACUCCAACACCCGGAAAACAAGACAUGAUGCAUGUGUGUUGUGCAACACACACAUAUACACGGUGGCGCAAAGAGGUUUAGUUCAGAGAAGCUGUUGCCGUGUGAGCUUUUAGAGCAGCAGAGGACUUGAAGUGAAUCAGGCUGCCUUCCCCAUAUCUGUCCCCCCUUCAAUGGCUGCCGAUGACUACAACCCUGUCUCCCUCCGACACAAAUCCAAGAAGAAGACCCGAGGAGGCAAUGGUACGAUGAGCAGGAGACGGAUUUCAGUCAAAGAGCUUGGUCAGCCAGACCACCAGGGCUGGCUGUAUAGGAAGAAAGAAAGCAAAGGCUUCCUGGGUAUCAAAUGGAAGAAGUACUGGUUUGUGCUGAAGAAGACGUCUCUCUAUUGGUACAACAACCAACUGGCGGAGAAAGCCGAUGGCUACAUUGACCUCACAAACUUCAUGAUUGACAGAGCCAUAGAGUGCAAGAAGAAACAUGCGUUCAAAGCUUGCCACCCUCAGGUCAUGAUGUUUUAUUUUGCUGCUGAGAACCACGACGAGAUGAACUUGUGGCUGAAUAAGCUCGGGCUUGCCUCCAUUCAGUAUGAGCCAACGGAACGAAACCCUGCUGCCGAGUGUUACAGUGAAGCCAGUGACCAUGAAGAAGCUGAAAGCACAGAGAUUCCCCCUCCACCAUAUUCUGAACAAACCCUGAGGGACUCUGUAGAUGCAUCCGGUCCACCUGGUAGCACACAUCAGGGUACACUUCCUCCCCCUUACUCCUCCGCAGUCCCCAGCGAAGCCAACGGAUCGCUGUCAUCGCCCGUCAGCACGAUGACGUCGCAGAGCUCCACCUCCUCACUCGCCAAACACCGUCAGUCCUGGUUGGACCUGGUCGCGCAGGCAUCUCCCCCCACCUUGGAAAACGCUGUGGUGUGCUCGGCUCAGGUACACUCACACCAACCUCCACAAGAGGAAGCGGAAGAAGAGGAUGACAGCCAAGUGAUGGAAAGCUCAUCUCAGCAGGACUUGCCGGAAACAAGGUCUAAUGAGAAAAGCCCUGCUGCUGAGCAGGUGGAGGAGGAAGCGGAGGCACAGAGGGUUGUUUCUGGUGCUCAAGAAGCAGGCGUACGUGGGAACAGCUCAGAUGAGAUGGAGAAGCUGUAUAUCCAUCUAAAAGAGGCCAGCCUCUCGCCAAUAGGGGAUCGUAAACCAUCCACGAAAAGGGAAUUCAGGGCCUCGUUCAUAAAACGCUGUAAAAACCAGACUGUCAAUGAUAGACUGCACCUUAUCAGGACUCUCAACAGCACAUUAAAGUCGAAAGAGGCAGACCUGCAGGCAAUAGAGCAGUUGUUGUCGGACUCGGCGCUUACCUCAGGCAAGUUCAGAGAGUGGAAGGAAGCCAAUGGGCCCUUGGUGCAGGAGAUCUGUGUUAAACAGGACCAGCAGGUGGCAUCAGAGGCCACGAAAGCUGCAGCAUCAGUCAUUGCUGCUCCAGUGGUCGAGACCAGUUUAUAAAGACUCUUCAUGACUGUUUUUUAAGUGUUUGGACCCGGAGGACUUUACACUCACACACUUUGGAUACACACUGCUGUUUUCAUUUGAGACUACUGUUCCAUAUCGGCGGACGAGUUACUGGAUCAAUGAAGAAGAGUGUUUUUAGCUCCUAAAUAGAGAUGGAGCAGACGUUUUCUGAUUAGCCUGUCACAUUAAAAUGUGAACUGUGUCUUAGUAUUACUUUUACUGUUGGAUUUGUAAGACUGGUUGAUUUUCCAGAUGUUUUUAUGUUGUAAUUCUGUGAACCUAUGCAUAAAACAUUGAAAUAUUUGGAAUGAUGGAGUACAUUGAAAUAAUGAAUCUAUUGUUCUCUGGAUGGAAACACUUGUUUUUACAGUAUGUUUUUAACCUGCUCCGUUUUUUGUUUUUUUUUAACUGUUGUCAAUUAUUGGUGCCAUGCACCAUCGCGGCCUGUUACAUGUGUUUUACAGCUACUAUUUUGAAUGAGUGGCGCAUCCUAGAAAUGGUAUUGUCAUGCUUAUCAUGGAGACAUUCCAGACUGAACAUCAGGACCUGCACGAACACAAUAAAUGCUGGUCACAAAUCCUGAUUUCAGAGUCAAGGUGUCAAAGAAAUUCCCUCAUUUUCAGUAGAAAAGGCAAUGUAAUUACGUCUUCUACUAAACCAAAAACUAUUUUGAAAUGAAGAAUCCCAACCUUAAUGUGAUACGAUAUUAUUACUAACAAACAGUAGUAUAAACAGUCUGUUGGGCUAGGAUGUAUCAGUAUUCAUUUGCAUUUAAACACAGGAUGCAUGGUUGAUAAUUCUCAGAUAAGAACUCUAAUAGUGUCCUCUCCUGGGCCUUUAGAAACAAAUCCCAGCAGACCCAAACCCUGUACUAGUAGAUAAAGAGAUUAGAGGGUCAUUCAGAUCCAGACAUCAGGCAUUAUAAGACUCUGUACAGCCAGAGCAGAGAGCUGAGAGCAACAGAUUUAGGAAACUCGAGUCAAGCGGGGGCCUCUGACAUCAUGACCUACUGGUAGAAGCCCAACCAAGCUCCAGGCACAGAAACUCAUUUUUUUCCCUGCGGUUUCAUCUGUUGUGCGUGUUAAAUAUUAACUUUGUGUAAAUAGAUGUACAUGGACGUGUGAUGUUUAAUUAUGUUUGAUCUCAAGUCAGUGCGCUUGUUUGUAUACAGGGAAAUAAAGUAUUAUCACACAAGUGAA